AUGGCGGAGAAACAUCUAGAGCGAUCUCCCUCUUCAUCGUUCGAGCCGCAGUUGUUUUCUUCGAAUCCCAACUUUCAAGUCAGAACCCUAGAGAAUAGCAUAGCGCUGUUAUCUACACAAAUGAGCGAGAUACGUGCCCAAGUUGGGAAAUUAGGUGCCCGAGUUGGCGCUCUUCGUGAUAUUGGUCUCGACAUUUGCGAGUUGGGUGCUCAUGUCCAAGCAUAUCUAGAUAUGCAGUCGGAGGCGACAGAAAUGACACGAGUGCAAUUGGGGGACCUGAAAGAUCUAGUAUCUACUCUAGGGGAUGGUAUCAUGGGGCAAAAAGGCACGAUUGAGAAGCGAAACGAUAUUAUUGCGAUGCAACAAGAAGCUAUUACGAAGCAACAAGAUGCUAUUAUGAAGCAACAAGACGCUAUCAUGAUAUUAAACAUACGUCUUGAAACAGUGGAAGCUGAGAACCAGCGUUUGAACGAAAAAGUGGCAGCGCUAUAG